AUGAGCUUUCGAAUUCCAGGGCGACUCUGCCAGAGUAGUCGUACUUUACGCCAUUGGCCACUUCUCACAACAAAUAUAUUGUCACGGUCGCCAAUCCCGCUACAAAUAGCAUCACGCUUCAUCCAUAAUGACGGUCCAAAGAACUUGAACCCGCUCAUCAAUCCUCCCGACGUCACUCGACCGCCACCGCUCACGCUUCCUCGACGAAGAGAUUUCGAAUCGGCGCCAAAAUACUACUUUGAGCUGGGAAAAGGGUACCUCAAGUUCUACAAACAGGGCCUCAAGAACGUAUGGACAAGUCGACGUCUCCUUCGCGAAAAGCUCCAACGAACGCCUGCCGACGAUCGACCAUCGAUAUUCAAGCCUCAUUAUGUGCCUAAAACGUUUUCUAGAGCAGACUGGGUCCUCCUCUGGCGAGUGCGACAUGAUAUGAUACGGCUGCCUCUGUUUGGGCUCAUGUUGAUUGUCAUUGGGGAAUUCACAGUUUUGGUCGUUGCAUACGUUGACAGCGUAGUGCCAUAUCCGUGCAGGAUACCAACACAAAUAUUCACAGCUCUGGAGAAGGCAGAGCAGCGUCGCAAGGCUUCCUUUGAUGAACUAGAAGCCAGAUACCCCCACGGUGUUCUCAGCCCGCGCGUUACACAAUCCGUUGCUCGCGCUCAUGUUCUCAAAACCCUACAUCUGAGUGGUUCCAUCUGGGAUCGCCUAGGCUUUCUCCCACCUGGCAUGUGGCAGGCCAAGGGACGAUAUCGCAUGGCGUACCUGGAGGGCGAUGACAGAAACAUCGUCGAGGACGGUGGACCUAUGGGACUUCACUACGAAGAGCUACGAAUUGCUUGCGCUGAACGAGGUAUCGAUACCCUUGGCAAGAGCGAAACCGAGCUGAGAGGAUGGCUCGGCGACUGGCUACGCUUGACGGCCUCUGAGGAUCUUGAUGAGAGGAGACGGCGUAUGGCCGUUCUGUUUCUAACCAGACCGGAAAACUGGCCCCAGCAACGAGAUUUUGCUGUGCCUGAAUGGCAGUUGUAG